CCAUAGAAUUUCCAUUUCGCCGCAUUAUUUUUUCCUUCUUCUCAAACAUCAAACAUCCCCAGCUCGUCUCCGACUCACCGAUACUACUCCGGUACUCCCCACCGCCUAGCACCCGGCCGCGGCCAUGUUGACACCGCGCGUCCUCAAGCCUUCGCUGCUCCGCCGCCUGCGCGCUGCCGCCGAGCUGCCUCCGCCGUGGCGACCCCGGAUCCUACCUGUGCAGACUUACCAUUCCAGAGGCUAUUCUAAUGGGGGAAGCUCCAAGUAUGAUAGGCCAAUGAGACAGUUUUCUGAACAGAAUGAGUCAACUUCUAGGCCAUUGAUAUAUUAUGUUGCUCCUGCUCUACUUGCUUUUGCUGGGAUAGCAACUUUUGUUCAUUACAAUGAUGAGAGGCGUGCAGUUCCCUUCGCUAAAGUACCAGGACAGACCAGUGUUCCCAAAAGAUGUAAUACCAAUAGACCUGCUAUAGGAGGGCCAUUUAAGCUAUAUGAUACAGAAAAAAAUGAGGUGACUGAAUCGAAGCUUCGGGGAAAUUGGACUCUGAUGUACUUUGGCUAUACAUCAUGCCCAGAUGUGGGUCCAGCCGAAGUUCAGAAGAUGGCUGAUGUUGUUAAACUGUUAGAGUCAAAGUAUGCUAUCAAGAUUAUACCACUCUUUAUCACAAUUGAUCCUCAACGUGAUUCACCUUCUCAGCUUAAGGCAUACCUUAGUGAGUUUGACCCAAGAAUAGUAGGACUAACAGGCCCCAUCAGUGCAGUAAGACAGAUUGCUCAGGAGUACCGUGUUUUCUUUAAAAGAGUAGAGGAAGUUGGUCAGGACUAUCUUGUAGAGAGCUCUCACAAUAUGUACUUGCUAGAUCCAUGCUUGGAGACAGUUAGGUGCUUUGGAACUGAGUAUGAAGCAUCAGACCUUGCUGAGGCGAUAACAACAGAGGUUCAGAAAGCAUCUGCUUCAUCAACAAAUUAGUCUAGCGGGUCCUAAUAUGGCAGUAUCAGCAGUUUUCAAAUCUUGCCGUGAAGCGCCUCCUGCAUAGCCCUCACAGAAGGGUGUCACAGUGGGCCUUCCAUUCAGCUCUCCCUUCAAUCAACCGACCCAAGAUCUCCUAUUCUCCCUCUUUCUGUGUGAGAUCUGAGCUUAACUGUACAGAAUGGCGUUCCUCUUGCGCCUCUUGGCAGUUACAAAUCACUUUCGAUUCUGCGACACGUGAAUGAUCUUGCAGUUUGCCGCAACAUUAACCUGCUGCAUUGGAUGUGCCAAAUGACCUACAGUCUAGCAGGCUGUGUAGCAUAGAUUCAUGAACCUGCAUUGUUCUCCCCUCUGGAUGCUGAACAGGUAAACACGAUUGUGAGGCUUUACAGCGCUGGCCAUGUUAUGUCAUGUGUAGAUCUAUAUCUAUCCCGUCGGAGAAC